AGGGAUCGACUUAUAAGCUCGAGCUUCUGUAUCUAAGUAAAUGAUGUCCCCCAUCUCAUGCUCCUCGUGGUCGGAUACUCAUCUUGCAAUUUGGUUCGAACAUUCUUUCACUUCCUCUCGGGGCCUCUGCUUUUUAACAUACUUCCUGCAUCGAUACGUUGGACGUUGUCGUGUGCAAAUUCUCAUCAAGUGAACCGACACAUACCACCAUGGCCUUUUUGACCGGCCUCAUCGUCACUUCAUGGGCUCUCAGCGUGUUAUAUCUGUUGAAGAGGAAACAGUACCGGGAUAGAAUACCAGUUGGUGCUAAGCCAUUACCUGGUCCUAAAGGCCUGCCUCUCAUCGGGAGGGUUCACGACGUGCCACCAGAGAAAACAUGGCUGAAGUUCCAUGAGUGGAGCAAGGAGUAUGGCCCGAUAUACCAAAUGGAGAUGUUCGGGUCGGUGCACGUCUGGAUAUCCUCGGAGAAAAUUGCAAACGACCUGUUGUCGAGACGCGCCGUCAUCUACUCGGAUCGGCCCACGAUCCCCAAUUUGCCAAAUAACCGGACCAGUGGAGAGUAUCUUGCCCUACACGGUCGCAAUGAAACAUGGAAACGUCAACGCAAACUGUGCCAGCACCUGAUGGCAGUUUCGGCCAACGAUUCACUCCACGACUACCCUACCAUGGAGCGCGACCGGUUUCUGUUUCUUCUAGCGCAAGACCCAUCACAGUACCGCGAGUACAUCGAGCAAUUCACCGCUCGUACAGUAUCACGGUUAUCUUGGGGUAGCGCACACCCUGCCAACGUCCUUCGUCACACCACCUUCGGUCUACUAGAGACUAUAUCACCGGCGGGUGCUCUCCCCAACAUUGUUUCGUGGCUAGGCUACCUUCCCCGAUUCUUGUCGCCAUGGCAACAGAAGGAAUAUGCCCGUCACGAGCUCGAAGCACGCAUGUGGAAGAACAACGUCAAGUAUGUGCAUGACAGCAUUAAUGAUGGUUCGGCAGACCCAAGUUUCGUCCGCACCUUCAUUGAGACUGUGAAGAAAACCGGUGACAAAGCCAAAUGGGGUGAGGAGUCUGAGGCUACCUACGUGGUGGGGCAGAUGGCCAUCGCUGGCGCUUUGACGAUCGGAAGCCCGAUCCAGAGUUUCUUGCUUGCCAUGCUGCACUACCCUCAAUGGCAGAUGAAACUGCAAGAGGAGAUUGACGCCGUAUGCCAAGGGAAGUGCCCGGAAUGGUCAAAUCGCGAGCAGCUGCCUAUGCUGCGAGCAGUUGUGAAGGAGGUUAUCCGAUGGAGACCGCCUGUCCCAACUGGUAUUCCUCACGCGUCUGAGAAGGAUGAUGUGUAUAAUGGUUAUUUCAUCCCUGCGGGUGCUACAAUCCAUGCCCUAGAAUGGGGCAUGACUCGCAACGAGGAGAUAUAUCCAGACGCCGAAACAUUCAACCCCUCACGCUGGCUCGAUCCAUCAUACCCAACAUACAAGGGCCCCUUGACCGAGUACCCCAAGCUCGCAGGCUUUUCACAAUUUGGUUUCGGUCGCCGCACGUGCCAAGGUGUACCCAUCGUGGAACAAGACCUCUUCCUAGCCAUGGGCGGCAUGGCCUGGGCCUUCAAUAUUACUAAGAAGUUCCGCGCUGAUGGGACUGAGAUCCCUGUGCAUUGGAACGAGUACUCUCCCCUCUUGAUCGCCAAGCCGGCUCCUUUCGAGUUUGAUGCUCGCCCGCGCUCGGAAGCUAUUAAGUGGAAGCUCCGUGGCAUGUGGGAGACGGGCCGAGGCGAGGAUGAUAUUGAAGAAGAGUGUCGUGUCCGCGAGGAAAAAUUGCGGGUUCGGGCUGAGCAUAUGAAAUUGGAUCGGGAGAGAGAAGUUGAGGCGGAUAAGUAUGAUGAUGCGGCAAGUGUGGGGGGUUCUGAGACGAGUGGUCCGUCCGAAGGGGGAAGUGUGUCGAGCAGUGCGACGCCUAACACGCCGGGAGGAUUGAGCGUGAGGGGCGACGGUGAGGUGGAUAUUUGGGCGUGAAGUGUGGAAGCGUGGGAGAUUGAUUAUUAAAACCUUUAGCGCAUGUAUUCUCUUUUAUUAAUGACCCAUUUAGAUUCACUGAAUUAACAUCGAUAUCUCUAGCGAUAUCCUUAGUUUUAGCAGUAGACUGGAAGGAUACCAAAAUUGAUCCAAUAAACAGGCAGCGUCUUAGUAUACGCUGGGCACGUGAUGAUCGAAG